AUGAAGCCGCGACCGCCGUCGUAUGUACUUCUCGUUGCCACAUUGGCCGCGCCGUCGUCCGCGUUUGACUUUGGGGGUGGGAAUGCCUAUGAACAGACGGCAGGCACGGUAGCGCCUGAUGUAAGUACAGAUCGCUUGACUCCAACCGCAGGGGGCAAUGGUUUUGGCAACUUCGGAAUACCUACACAGUUCGUGAAUCCACCAACUGGUGAGUCCACUGGUAUCAGUCAAGGAUGGCCGCCCCGUGAUAGCAAACAAGACUGGCAGGCGGGCACUGCAGCGGGUUGGCCGUCGAACCAAGGAGGUGACCAAGGACAAGCAGGUUGGCCUUCGUACCCUGGUGGUGAUAAAGGGCAAAUGGGUUGGCCUAUUAACCCUGGUGGUGAUCAGGGACAAGCGGGUUGGCCAUCAAACGGUGGCGGUGAUCAAGGUUUGGGAGCUUUAGAUGUGGACUGUAGCGGUUCGAACGGAGGCGGUUUGACGCCUCCUGGCGGUGAUCAAGACUGGGGAACGCUAGGUGUUGACUGUAGUGGUUCUAGUGCGGGUGGGUGGCAGCAGCCCGGCAAAGACCAAGGGUGGACUCCACCGAGUGAGGAUCAAGGUUGGGGGACACUCGGAGUCGACUGCAGCGGCUCCAGUGAAGGCGGAUGGACGCCACCAAGUGGUGAGGAAGGAUCCGGGACUCUAGGAGUUGAGUGCAGCGGGUCGAAUGCUGGCGUGUCGACUCCUGAGACCGGUGUAAGCUUUCCAGGAUCAAACGCUGGAGGGGGUUCAGAAGGAACACCGGAUGCCUCGAUGACGGGAUCUUCCGACUCUGUUCCAAUGUCUCCUUCAUCCUCUACUGGGAUCGAAGCACAAAGCUCGACGGAGAUCCCAACAGUAGCUGAAACCUCUCUCCCCUCAAGCGGUAAUGGAGAUCUGGGGCUGUCAGAAGCUACACAGACGGCCACUGAAUCUUCGACGCCAUCAGAGUCAAGUGUCGGUGCUGACGCGGAUCAAAAGUCCAUGCUGAGAUCUUCGGACGAUACCAACCAGCAGCAAUUUGAAGGUCAAGAGCAACUGCAACAAGGCGAGACAACUGCAGGAGGUGAUGUCGUUCAAAGCAUGUCUGUGUGGGGAGCACCAGUCGUCGCAUCAACUGGUACCAACCUCACUAGUGCAGAGCCCACAUUUGGUAAGAUUACCUCUAAAGCUGGCGGAUGUGUCGUCGCAAAACCGACCGAGUACAUCAGUGAAGAAUACCUGGACUGGAUCUGGCAGAACCGUAUCGGCCCCAACGCAAAGCCCAAGCAGGAUGUCAACUGGAACGUCAUGGCCAGCAAGAAUUUCCUCAUGGACAAGUUCGUACACAACAAAGGAUCAAUCAACUACUGCGUUCGCUGGGAUAGCACUACAACUCUGGAGAAGGGCGUCGCAUCCCAGUUCCAGAGUAUCCUGGAACGUCACUACAACAAGUGGAACAAGUG